UCGACUUUUAUUUACACUUUUAUGACUUUCGAUGGAGCCAGCUAAAGUAAUUGGAAAACUAAAGGAGCAAGUGCGUAUGGAGCACAGGUCUCGACGUAAUUACCCAAAAGUCUGGACCCAAAUCUCAGACAAACAAACUAACAGGUUCUACCACCAAGAUGAGAUUGAUUCUCAAUUAAGUAACCAGCUAAAACUUAAGGACCUGAGCUCUUUCCUGCACAACAACGAAGGCGAAUCGCGUUUCGUAUCCCCGGAGAUGUACAAAAACCUAUUGGCUGUCUGCCGUUGUGGUCGAUUACGGCAAGGCCAUCAUAUGGGCAAGUGCCUACAGAGAGCAUUGAGUCCCGAUUAUGAUAGAUCCAUAGUUAAGAAAAAUAAUCAAGAUUCGGAUGCCGCACCAUUAAGUGUACCUUGCACAUCAAAUUAUAUUUCAGCAAGCAUUGGCUACGUUGGGAACUCGAAAAGCUACCAAAAGCUAGAGCGUUCUAUGCAGUAUGUUUCUCCCACCUACUCAAUGCCUGGGCCUCGAGUAACAGCAGUCCCAUAUAAUAAUAUUAUUAUCGGCUAAGACAUGCAUGUAUUUUACAGUUGCUUGUAGUGGGAAAUUACCGAACUAGAUUUUUGAUGACUCAAAUCGGGGAUUUCCAUUUCCGAUGGUUCCAACCCAGCAGACUUGGCCAGUACUAAAAAAUUGUUAGCGUUCAUCUUAUAGAACAGGAAUUUCCAGAAACCUGUAUACAGUGGCGUUUCCAAUUUAUUCGCAUAUAAAAAAAGUGGGAUUCAAUAAAAAACAUAAAUAAAUUCCUUGCCUUUUUAGUAUAAUGAAAAUAACGAAUAAAAAUGUAAACUUACCCCUUCUAAUAAAAUCUUGGAGCGCCA